AUGAACCUAAGACAAGUCUUUGUGUCUGUACUGAUGUUUGGAGUAGCUGGUCUACUCCUCUUCAUGUAUCUGCAAGCUUGGAUUGAAGAACAACAUACAGAGUCUGGAGAAAAAUUGCAACAACAGAUAAUUAAUCAGGAUUUCACACUCCCACCUCCGGGGACACCGAGGAGAGCAGCGUGGAGCAGGAGCGCUCCUCUUGGCCUCGGUAAGCACGAGAUGGCCGACUCGGGCGGCAGGCACUGGCGAGGCAGGGCUGACCCUUUCGGUGUGGUGGCUGCCUCCUUGGUGAGCCAACUGUCUGACCAGCAGAAGAUGAGUGAGUCACCUCUCAGCCGGUUCAGAGGGGUGUAUUUACCUCCUGCACUGCAUCCUUUAAACAAGACGUUAGUCAAGGGUGGCAAGUGGAAGGAUGUGGAUAGCGCCCAGGAAAAGCGCAGGUCCUUCCUGCAUGACUUCUGUAAGAAAUACAACAGCAGAAAGAAGCUGCGAACCCACCUCGUACACCUGGUGUCAAGAAUUUACGUGGAGGACAGGCACAAGGUCCUGUACUGCGAAGUACCGAAAGCAGGCUGCUCCAACUGGAAAAGGGUCCUCAUGGUGCUCAAUGGACUCGCCGCUUCAGUACACAACAUUUCCCAUGAUGAUGUGCACUAUGGAAAGCAUCUAAGGAAACUGGACAGUUAUGACCUAAAAGGGAUAUACACACGCUUGAACACGUACACCAAGACUAUAUUCGUACGUGAUCCUAUGGAAAGACUGGUAUCUGCCUUCAGGGAUAAGUUUGAACAUCCAAACAGCUACUACCAUCCAGUAUUUGGGAGGGCAAUAAUUAAGAAGUAUAGACAUAACGCAAAUGAAGAGGCAUUGAAAACAGGAUCAGGAGUUAAGUUCAAGGAAUUUAUCCAAUAUUUGUUAGAUUCCCAUCGCCCAGUAGGCAUGGACAUUCAUUGGGAGCAAGUCAGUAAGCUCUGCUACCCCUGCCUCAUCAACUAUGAUUUUAUAGGAAAGUUUGAAACCCUGGAAGAAGAUGCCAAUUACUUUUUGCAGCUGGUAGGUGCUCCAGCUGAGCUGAAGUUUCCUAAAUUCAAAGACAGACAUUCCUCUGAUGAGAGAACAAGUGCAGAAGUAGUGAGGCAAUACUUAAAGGAAUUAUCUAAGGAGGAGAGACAGCUGACCUACGACUUCUAUUACUUGGAUUACUUAAUGUUCAAUUAUACAUCACCAACUGUAUAG